AUGGCGUGCGACGCGCUGGUCGCAUGGGAGCACGGCCUCCGAGCGCUGGCCGACGGCUGCGCCGGCCGCCUCCUCGUUGUCAACAUUGGCAGCAACGUGGGCGACUUCGACGCGUCGCGGCUAAACGACAUGUGCGAGUCUGGCCGUCGCGCGCUUACCCGGCUGCUGGCGGCGCCGGACCUCCUGACGCUGCUCGUGGAGCCCAACCCGACGGCCUACCGCGAGCUGGAGCGCGCCGCGGCGGGCCAGCGGAGCGACCGGAAGGUGCACCGGACGGUGCAGGCGGCGGUCUGCCCCGCGCAGAGCGGGACCGUCCCCUUUUACGCCGUCUCGGAGGCCUAUGCGCGGGACUAUCCCGACUCGCCGCUGUGGGCGCGAGGCGAGAUCAACUCGCUCUCGUACAACAACACGCAUCGCGGGCUCUGGUUUGCAAAGCCUCGGAACGUGACGCGCAAGAGGUGGCGGACGGGCGAAGCGGCUCGGUACGUCGAGACGCUGCGCGUGCGCUGCCUCACGCCGCAAGCAUUGCUGCGCGAGGCGGGCCUCUCCGCCGACGCCGUCGACGUGCUCGCCCUCGACCUCGAGGGGCUCGACGGCGAGGUGCUGCGCGCCUUCCUGGCGCUGCCCGGCUUCCGGCCGCGGCUCGUGAUAUUCGAGUCCAACAUCCUGCUGCAGCGCUCGCCCACGCUCACCCAGCGCCUCUUCCGCUCCCUCUCGAGGCGCGGGUACACGCUCGCCGCGGCGAGGCCGAACCACGUCGCCUGGCUGUCGCAGGAGAUGAGAUGCCGAUGGAUGGAGCGCGCCGGCGUCAGAGGAAGCAGCACCGUCUAG